AUGUCGGGCCUCGAGGUCGCUGGCAUUGUGCUUGGAGCGUUGCCGCUUAUUAUCUCAGCUUUGGAGCACUAUGCGCAGGGUGUCAGCACAGCCAAACGAUUCUGGCACUUCAAAUCCGAAGUGAGAUUCUUGUUACUUCGAAUCAACUCGGAGAAGGCCACAUUUGUCAACACCCUUGAGCAUCUCCUUACAGGAAUCGUCAGGAUUGAUAGAAUGGCAGGAAUGUUGGCGAAUGUAGGCGGUGAAGAGUGGCAAGACGAGUUCAUCGAACAGUGUUUGAAAGAUAGGUUACGCGGCGCGUAUGAGGUGUACUUGGCCAAUGUGCAGGGCAUGGCAGGAGCGCUACAAAAGAUUAUGGACAAACUAGCGCUGGCACCUGACGGCAAGCCUCCUUUCUCAGACCUCAAGCUGUUUAAGAAAGAGUUCAACAGACUGAAGUUUGGGCUUAGCAAAUCGGAAUACACAGAACAACUCAACGAUCUGACAACGCACAACCAGUAUCUGUCCAGCCUCACCAAGCAGUCUCUCGAACUGGAACCGAUAAGCUUCGAAUUGCAGUAG